CCUUGUAGCCCAACACAGACACAGGGGCUUGAACCAGGCAGUGAAUUUCAGCGAGGAUAUCACACAAUUUCCUACAAAGCGACAGACAGCAAAGGUUUUUCCGACUACUGCAAUUUCGCGUUUGAAGUGAGAGUUCCCACGUGUUUCAUGCACUGGGUUCGUCACGCGUCACGCGUGUGUGAUAGCGGAGAGCUCAUCCACGGGAAGAAGUGCCAGCUGAUCUGUGACGACGGGUAUGACCUUGUGGGCGCUGCAGAGGUCACAUGUCAGCAAGACGGUUCCUGGAGCAGUGACCUGCCCACGUGUAAACCCAAAACGUGCCCCGACCUUAGCAACUUCACCUGCACUGACAACUACAACUACGGCAGUAUCUGCUCCCUGUCCUGCGACACCAGUGUCGGCUUCAGCGUCACCAACCCCAGCAUCACUAUAUGCUUGAAGACCGGGCAGUGGUUCCAUCCCGUGCCACAGUGUAUAGAUACUGCAGCGCCAGUCUUCGACAACUGUCCCACCGAGAGUCUCAUGUUGUUUGCGGACCAGGGCUCAACUCUGACAGCAGGAGUGUGGGGCGACAUCACAGCGACGGACAACUCCGGGAACGCUUCCGUAACACAAGUCGAGGGGUUGCCGCAAAGGUCGAUGUUUCCGUCAGGGUCGUCAGUCGUCAAGUACAAGGCUACUGAUCCGUUUGGCAACGAGGCUAUGUGUACAUUUAACAUUGUGGUCCAAACCCUGACCUGCAGUCCUCCAUCCGUCACAGCCAAGAUGUGGUUUCAGUGUACCAAUGACUACAUGUAUGGAUCCGAGUGUGCUCUUGGGUGUACGGGAGCCUUACUGAAUGGAUCCAACUUGAUGGCAUGCGCGAAGAAGAGCACAUCACCACCUGGCACCUACUGGGAAUACAAUGGCACCCCAGCCCUUCUGCGAAGAAAGGCCCUGCCCCGACCUCGAACCGCCACAGAACGGUGCUCUUGGCUGUGGAAGCCAUCUGAAGACUUCCCCGACUGUACCGUCCGUCAUCGUCCUGGUUCGGCAAAACAGCUGUCGGAGAUGUUGUACUACACGGGGGAGUGCGAGGAUGAGGAGACGCUGCUACAGAUCAAGGAAAACCAUCUCAACACCAUGCAGAAUUCAACCUUUAGCGAUGUGUGUUUAAAGGCACAGUGUUCGGUGGAUAACGUUGAAGUCACUUGCGGGGAGCUUGGAAGGAAGAAACGCGACACAGACAACAAGUAUGGAACAGACCCAGAAACGUACAACCUGACCACGCAGAGCAGGAAGCGCCGAUCAACAGUAACCGCCGUUAUUGUCAAAUGGGACAUCAUCAUACCAUUCGACUGUGAAGAAAUGUCGAACAAUGAUUGCAUAGAUCAUCACCUGGCUAUUCUAAACUCGUUAUCUGCCUCUAUUACCGAGAUGGCAAACAACGGUGACUUCCAACACCCAGUGCCCGGAUAUGAGACCCGCGUCGACGAAUCGUACUAUCCGGGUGGAAUAGACCUGGUGUGUGGGGAGGGGAUGUGGGGCAAUGCACAGACUGCCUCUUGUGCCGUGUGUCCAACCGGAACGAUGUACAAUGCUACGUUAGAUGACUGCAGCACGUGCCCAGUGGGAUUCUAUCAGGAUGAAGACCACAGCUUCUCAUGCAAGUCUUGUCCUCAAGGUUCAACGACUCUCAAGGAAGGGUCACGGUCACGGAAUGACUGUCUCGCUUAUGAGAUGGCUCUUGAAGGGCCUUGCAGUUUGACCACAGAUAAUCAACUUACCGACUCUACGAAUGACUUCACUUUGACCAUGUGGAUGAAGAUGAAAUCAGAGGUCCAGAUGUCCAUCAAGGUUACAGAGGCUUCGGCUGGAGAUCAGCUGGACAUGAACAUCGGAAACGUGAUUUCUGUAUCUCUUCACGGACAAAGAAGCGUCAGUGAUGGCGAUGGGAUCCGUCACUUCCCCAGUUGUAGCGGCGGCGUCAUCGAUGGAAGUGAGCCUCGGCGAUGCAGAAGGGGCAACAAUCCGAAGCAUGUACCUGUUAAAAGGACACUUCUACCAGAUGAAAUAUCAACAACGGCGGCCACGUGUGACGAGACUUAUGACGCCGAUGUCGUCUUUUCCUUAGGAAGUAUGAGUUCCACAACACCAGACAGGGUCGAGGUCCUAGCGCCAAGUUCAUGCACAACCAUUAACCCAUGUGACCCGACUCCGUGCAACAACCACUUGUGUGUCACAAACGGCUCCACCUACACCUGUGUAUGUCAGAACGGCUUCACCGGUGAAGACUGUUCCGUGCCCCCAGACUUCUGUACUGACAACCUGUGUGAGAACGAGGCGACGUGUGUAACGGGGACCAGCAACUACUCCUGCAUCUGUGCCCACGGGUAUCAAGGAAUGUUGUGUGGGUCACACAUUGUGAACGGAGGAUAUUCAGAGUGGUCCGAGUGGAGCACGUGCUCAAAGACAUGUGGAGGAGGGGAGACAACUCGGUCCAGGGCUUGUGACAGCCCGCCACCGGGUGUUGAUGGAGACAGCUGUGUGGGGGCAGACAUGGAAUCAGCCACAUGUAACACAGAAGAUUGUCAAGUCUGCAGUGUAAGUCAGCUCCGUCUCGGCAAAUACAACGAUCCGUCCGGUCCAGAUUGUAACAGUACUGAUACAGAGAUGAACUGUAGCGUCGCCUGCCUCCCUGGCUACUUUACAUCCACCGUGCAGGUUACUCGCUUUACCUGCAAGGAGGGGGUCUGGACGCCGAGUCUCACCCUCACGUCGUGUACAGACGUAACGUCUCCUUCGGCCUUGACCUUGGUUGCUGACGUCAACUAUACCAGGGAGGGAUGCCUUUCCGCAUCAGAAGCCAAUGGCCUGAAACAGCAACUUGAACAGAACAUCAAUUCGCUGCCUUGUGGUUCCGACCCUGAUUGCAAAUCCACGGUAAAUGUCCCAGAUUGCACUUCUGUAAAUCCGGAGCCUUCUGCCAGAGUGGAUUUAACCUUUGACCUACCGGAAGGUGAUCUUGACCUUGCUGGCUACAUAAGGACUAAUACGGCGUCUGUUGGACUUCAACGUGUCAUCAGUGCUAUAGAGAUACUGGAAACAUCAGGAGCCGAGCUUCAGGACAGAAGUGACAUCUUUCAAGCUACAUCCAACAACAUCGUCUACAUUCCAGGUCAGGUGGUCAACGUGAUGGCCAUGGCCGAGUGCCCGGUAGGGUCUGUCGCUGAUAGUGGUUUCUGUGGAUUCUGUUCCGCGGGUAUGUACUACGAACAGAGCAGCAAAAUCUGCCGUUUCUGUGGCAAAGGGACAUAUCAGGACCAAACAGGACAACUCAGCUGUCAGCCCUGUCCCCCAGGGAAGACCACGCCCUAUCUUGGCGCGACACUCCUGGAGGAUUGUCAUGAUACAGAAUCAGAUCCUCAACCCACAGAGACAAAGAAUAACCAAGAAGAAAGUGGACUGACUCCAAACUCUGCUGAAGCCACACCGACGAGGUCCUCCGGGAAUGUCGAUACCAAUCUUGGUCAACCAGGCUCCACCUCGCCAAGUAAGGAGAAGAUCUCGGGUACGACUAUCAUCAUGAUAGUGGGUUCUGCUGCUGCUCUCGGUGGUCUUGGAAUCAUCAUCGCCUUCUCGGUCGUUAUCUACAAGAAGCUCUCAGGAAAAUCCACCAAGGUAACAAGUAUCAACAAACGCCACACAAACGGGACAAAGAACAUGCAAACUGGCCACCUGAAAGUACGACCAUACCAACGUCCUCCCGAAUAUUUCGAUGACCCAUAUCGCCCGGCCAGUUCAUCAGCGGUGUACACAGAUAUAGAAGACGAGGUGUGCAACCAGGAAGGGAUAUACUACACCCCUAUAGGGGCAACUGGUUUUGCCCCGUGGUCACCCAACAUGACCCCCGUGUCGCACCAGACCCGCCCCAAGGCCAAACUUCCAGGGUCAUAUUUCUAACAGAAUUUCUGCGGCUCUUUUGGGGUGGUUGGAUAGCCUGAUGGUUAAAGCGUCCGGGUCAGAUGGCCCACAUGGGUACAAUGUGUGAAGCCCAUUUCCACUGUCCAUGAAACUGCUGGAAUAUUGCUAAAGCGGCGUCAAAGUAUAUUCACUCACUCACUUCGGCUAAUUUUCAAUGAAACAGAUGCAUGGAACAUUCUUUUACUGUACACAACAUUUCAUAUCUUAGAGGAUAUAGUUGAUAAACAAUUUUGGUAUGUUGAUUUUCGAACAAUGUCUAUUGUUUUGACAGCUUCAAUCGGUGUUGACGGCUCACAAAGCAUUUGUCUGUUGACAUUCCAGACUGAAACGUUGAUGAUAUAACUAAUCUGUUGGAAUUAUUCGGAUCAGAUAUUGGGAGUGAGAUUGGUUUAGUGGCCCUUUGAAUUGUAUCUUAAAUUAAGGGGUACCAGCUUUAUGCAAUGUCGCUAAUCUUCAUAAUCUUGUGUAACCUGUGAGCUAACAAUCCUUGAAACAUUACGACGAACCGGGACAGGUGCCUGGCAGUUCAAAGGGAGGCAACUCUGUUCAACAGCCUUCUCAAUGCAUCUCGGUUGAUGAAUUUACAACUCUGUCUAUAUAAGGGGCUAUAAUUCCAGUGACGAAUGUGUAUAACUGUAACAAAUGUGUAACUAACCCUGAGUCAAAAUAACUCAGGUGUAUUCAGUGUUUUAAGUGACAUUUUAGAAGUUGAUAUGACAAAGACGAACACGUUUUAUGGACAGACAACUUUCUUUAUUGCAGUGGUGAUCACUUGCUUGAUAACGGUGUUAGCAUCUACACUGAAACGUCGCAUCUACUGCAAUACAGAAGUUUCUGUCCAUUAAACUUAUUCGUCUUCGUCUUAUAUUCGAUCUGUCACGCCUUAAAUA